AUGGCUUUCGGUAUCCUUGAGCUCACGUCAAGUUCAUUUCCGUCAGGAACGAGCAACAUACAAGACAACAUCGAAAAAGACGAAUCAGAAACGCGUGUUAUCCGGGUUCCGCAGCCAUCUCAAUCGCCGUUGGAUCCUCUGAAUUGGUCCAGAAUAAGGAAAGAGCUACUGUUUGCUACUAUUCUUCUGGGUUCAUCUGUCACGGGAUCUAUAGGCCUGGUUCUCGUGCCUGGGUUUACAGUGGUUGCUCAAGAGCUCAAUGUCGAAGUGGGAAAUAUGACGCUUCUCAACGGCCUGUUGGUCCUGACUCUUGGUGUGAGCGCAUAUAUCUGCUCUACCUUCGCAGAUAUAUUCGGAAAGAGCCUUGUUUAUCUUUUCACCAUUCUCUUGGUCAUUGCCGCGUCUUGCUGGGCUGUUGCUUCUACUUCAUAUGACUCCCUUCUAGGCUCUCGUGCUAUUCAGGGUCUCGGGAUGGGCGGUUUCUUCGCCCUCGCCGGUACAGCCUCGAUAAACGAUGUUUUUUUUGUUCACGAACGUGGAACGCGUGUAGGUCUUUGGAACCUUGGAGUCAUCACGUCUGUGAACCUCACACCUGUCAUCAGCGGUUAUGUUAUCUCAACCCUAUCGUGGAGAUGGAGUUUCUGGCUUGAGGCGAUUAUCAACAUUCUUCUUUUUCCCGAGACAACUUUUGAUCGUGCCGGUCCGUUGCCGCUUGAGCUAGAGAGUGGGCCUCUAGAUGAUAAAACUGUCCAAAUAUCUAUGGUCUCCGACACCUUGACAGAACCAUCUGGUCUACGGUGGCGCUGUUUAUUAGGUGUUGAAGUAGUAAGGAUGCCAGGAUUGAAAAGCUUCUUGAACUCUAUCGUCGCGCCUUUCGUUUUACUACCUCAUCCGAUUGUUAUCUAUGGUUCUCUGAUGUGGGCAGUGACAUUCACUUGGACCAUUCUUCUGGGAGCUGUUGUUUCCCAGAUCUUUACCCGUGCACCAUACAAUAUGAACACGAUUGCGGUCGGAAACUUAUCUGGAAUUGCACCUUUCAUAGGAUCGGCAUUAGGAACAGUGAUGGCUGGCUGGCUCUGUGAUUUCUCUGCUACAUAUUUGGCGAAGCGCAAUCACGGCACCUACGUGCCUGAAUUUCGUCUUCUCGUCAUCUUCCCUGCGGCCAUUGCAAUGGCCAUUGGGAGCUUUGGUCUUCGCGCUGCCAUUCACAACAGCAUGUCUGCUAUUGUCUGUGGAGUUUUCAUGGCCAUGAUCAACUUUGCAGUUUGCCUUGGAUGUACUGGAACUGUGUCGUAUACCAGUGACGCGUGUGGUGAAAAUGCCAGUGAUGCAUUCGGUAUUGCCAUGGUUAUCAAAAUAUUUCUUGACACUCGAAUACCCUAUAGGAAACUAUCCAGUGAAAUAUUCGCCUAA